AGGACUCAUUGUAAAAGAGGGAUGAGAGUGUGCGCGCAGGCUGCGAGUGUGUCCAAGUGUGUGUGAGCGUGUGGACACCCCCUCCUCCUUAACUAGCUGGUCAGCAGUGGAGGGAUUAGGAAAGCCGGACCCGCUCACUCACUCAUUCACUCAGUCACUACUAAGUAACAGAUAGGGUUGCAGUAAUCGUGAAUCAUGCUCGUCGUCAUUACUACCGGCUGGGAGUGGAGCCGAAAUUGUGCAAGAUACGGAUAACUGCAUAGAAAAGGUCCGAGUGAGUAAGAGGAGUCACGUUUCCAGGUUUCUUCCCUUUGCCGUGAAAAUGUUUCAUCAGGGACUCCUCUGCCGCCGCCGCCGCUUGCGCUCGGACCCGUCGCAUUAUGUUACUUCCCUCACAUGUGCUUUAUGUUGAAGAAGAAGAAGAAGAAGUGAUCUGGAUAAACCUGCGAGGAUCCUGCCAGGGCGACUGAGCAAAGCGAAGAGCGUGCGGAUAUUUCCCCUUUUUAUCGCCGUGCAGAGUUUUUUUUUGUUUUGUUUUUUUCUCAAGUGGACUAAGAGGGGAAAAAGUUGGGGUUUCUGGUCAAAAGAGGAAUCAUGGGGAACGCAGGGAGCAUGGACCACCACACUGAUCUCAGGGGACACAACAUGCCCCUGAAACUCCCCAUGCCAGACGCAGGUGAACUGGAGGAGAGAUUUGCAAUCGUUUUGAACUCAAUGAAUCUUCCUCCAGACAAAGCGCGGCUCUUGCGACAGUAUGACAAUGAGAAGAAGUGGGAACUGAUCUGUGAUCAGGAGCGAUUCCAAGUGAAAAACCCGCCUCACACGUACCUCCAAAAGCUGAGGAGUUAUCUAGAUCCAGCGGUCACAAGAAAGAAAUUCAGACGACGAGUACAGGAGUCCACCCAGGUCCUGAGAGAACUGGAAAUUUCGUUACGGACCAAUCAUAUAGGGUGGGUACGAGAAUUCCUAAAUGAAGAGAACAAAGGCCUGGAUGUGCUGGUGGACUAUCUUUCUUUCGCACAGUAUGCUGUCACUUUCGAUGGCGAGUGCCUGGAGAACAACCCAGAGGCUGCGAUGGAUAAGUCUAAGCCCUGGAGCCGCUCUAUAGAAGACCUCCAUGGAGGAAGCACCCUACCAUCUCCCAUCACUGGGAACAGUAUCACCCGAGUCGGGCGACAUUCCACGUUACGUUUCAACACAUUGCCCAGCCGGAGAACGCUGAAAAACUCCAGACUGGUCUGCAAAAAAGAUGAUGUCCACGUCUGCAUCAUGUGCCUGCGUGCUAUCAUGAACUACCAGUAUGGCUUCAACAUGGUCAUGUCACACCCUCAUGCUGUGAAUGAAAUUGCACUAAGCCUCAACAACAAAAACCCGAGAACCAAAGCUCUGGUCUUGGAGCUCCUGGCGGCGGUUUGCCUCGUGAGAGGAGGCCACGAAAUUAUUCUCUCUGCGUUCGACAACUUUAAGGAGGUGUGUACAGAGGAGCAGCGAUUCGAGAAGCUAAUGGAGUACUUCAAGAAUGAGGACAACAACAUUGACUUCAUGGUGGCGUGCAUGCAGUUCAUCAACAUCGUCGUGCACUCAGUGGAGGACAUGAACUUCAGGGUUCAUCUACAGUACGACUUCACCAAGCUGUGUUUGGACGACUACUUAGAUAAACUAAAGCACACAGAGAGUGAUAAGCUGCAGGUCCAGAUCCAGGCUUACUUGGAUAAUGUGUUUGAUGUGGGAGCGCUGCUGGAGGAUGCGGAGACCAAAAAUGCUGCCCUGGAGCGGGUGGAGGAGCUGGAGGAGAACAUAUCACAUAUGACAGAGAAGCUGCAGGACAUGGAGAAUGAGGCCAUGGCCAAAAUUGUAGAGCUGGAGAAGCAGCUGAUGCAAAGGAACAAGGAGCUGGAAUCCAUCAGGGAAGUCUAUAAAGAUGCCAGCUCGCAGGUGCACUCGCUGCGACAGAUGCUGAAGGAGAAGGACGAGGCCAUCCAGCGACAAAGUAAACUCGAGAAGAAGAUCCACGAGCUGGAGAAGCAGGGCACCAUCAAGAUCCACAAGAAAGGAGACGGAGACAUCUCAAUCCUAACGUCGCCGCCCUCCGCUACGGAGAGCUCGCCGGGCGCCGUGUUCGGCGGAAACGGUGUAGCCGUCAGUCCAAACCAUGUUGCACUUACGGCGGGCACACCUGUUCCACCUCCACCGCCUCCUCCGCCCCCGCCGCUUCCGAUGAACGGCACACUGUCAAACGGACCAACGUCAACAAUUCCAGCAGCAGCUCCCCCGCCUCCGCCACCACCCCCUCCGCCUCCCCCGCCACCCCCAGGAAUGCCUACAGAGACGUCAGCCCCUCUCCCUCCUCCGCCUCCUCCAGUGGCCCCCCCACUGCCCGGCUGUGGGACUCCCACCGUUAUCAUGAACUCUGGGUUAGCAGAGGGACCCAUCAAACUCUUCUCUGUUAAGAUCAAGAAACCCAUAAAGACCAAGUUCCGUAUGCCCGUCUUCAACUGGGUGGCCCUGAAACCAAACCAGAUCAACGGGACUGUUUUCAAUGAGAUUGAUGAUGAGAGGAUACUGGAGGACCUGAAUGUUGAUGAGUUCGAGGAGAUGUUUAAGACGAAAGCCCAGGGCCCGCCCAUCGACCUCACUGCAAGCAAGCAGAAGGUCAUCCAGAAGGGACCCAACAAGGUGACUUUGCUGGACUCCAACAGGGCAAAGAACCUGGCCAUCACGCUGAGGAAAGUGGGCAAGACACCCGAGGAGAUCUGCAAAGCCAUUCAACUGUUUGAUUUACGGACUCUGCCGGUGGACUUCGUGGAGUGUCUAAUGCGCUUCCAGCCCACGGAGAACGAGAUUAAAGUCCUGCGACAGUUCGAGAAGGAGCGCAAGCCUCUCGAAAGCUUGACGGAUGAGGACCGCUUCAUGAUGCAGUUCAGUAAGAUCGAGAGGCUCAUGCAGAAGAUGACCAUCAUGGCCUUCAUCGGCAACUUCGCCGAAAGCGUGCAGAUGCUUACACCGCAACUGCAUGCAGUCAUUGCAGCAUCUGUGUCCAUCAAGUCAUCACAGAAACUGAAGAAGAUUUUAGAGAUUAUCUUAGCUCUUGGAAACUACAUGAACAGCAGCAAAAGAGGAGCGGUGUAUGGAUUCAAGCUGCAGAGUUUAGACUUGCUACUUGAUACCAAGUCUACAGACCGGAAACAAACAUUAUUACACUACAUAGCCAAUGUGGUUAGAGAGAAAUACACACAAGUUUCCCUUUUCUACAAUGAGAUGCACUAUGUGGAGAAAGCUGCAGCAGUGUCGCUGGAGAACGUCCUGCUGGAUGUUAAGGAGCUGCAGAGAGGCAUGGAGCUGACCAAAAGAGAAUACAGCAUGCAUGGCCACAACACCAUGCUCAAAGAGUUCAUUGCACACAAUGAGAGCAAGCUAAAGAAGCUGCAGGAUGAUGCCAAGAUCGCACAGGAUGCUUUUGAUGAGGUGGUGAAAUUCUUCGGCGAGAAUGCCAAAACCACACCGCCAUCAGUCUUCUUCCCUGUGUUUGUGCGAUUUGUUAAGGCCUACAGGCAAGCGGAGGAGGACAAUGAGCAAAGGAAAAGACAGGAGCAGAUUAUGCUGGAAAAACUUAUGGAGCAAGAAGCCAUGAUGGAGGAAGACCAGAAGUCUCCAUCCCAUAAGAGCAAGAGGCAGCAGCAGGAGUUGAUCCAGGAGCUCAGAAGGAAACAGGUGAAAGACAGUCGCCACGUCUACGAAGGCAAAGACGGAGCGAUCGAGGACAUCAUUACGGAUUUGAGGAAUCAGCCUUACAGGAGAGCGGACGCCGUACGGAGGAGUGUCAGGAGACGCUUUGAUGAUCAGAACCUGCGGCCGGUCAACAAUGGCGACGUAGUCAUGUGACGAGGGAAUAGUGCAUGUGCUAGGGCUGGGGAUGGGGGGAAGGGAGAAAGGUAUUGGGGGGGUAGAGAGAGAGAGAGAACGAGAGUAAGGAGUGACAAAAAGAUCGAAGCAGAGUGAAGGAUGACGCGUGAAAGUCAGGUGUUUGUAGCAACAUGUGAGAUGAUUAUGUAUAUAUAUUACAUAAGAAUACUCAAUAUUCCACAUUUGUGCUAUAGUAUUAGCAGCAUUUCACUAUGAAGGACUGGGACACGUAUGGGACUGAAUUUAAAGUGUCUGAAAGGUUGAUUUAAAAACCUUUGACGAGCCAAGUGCCUGAAUUUUAUUGUUGUUGUUUUUUUUGUGGUUUCACGUCACGUUGCCGUGUUUGCCUAAUGACUGUUCUUAAUAAUCCCACUCUGAGCAAUACAACGUGACCUGGCUUUAAUUUUUCAGAUGUGUAAAACUGGACAUGCGGUGGCCUUAAGAGCCACGUGAAAUGGCGUUACGUGGGGAAAGAUGUAGAAUGUACAGGACGGGUUCUCUUUUUAGCUGUUACAAAUAUUAUUGUUACGGCCUUUUAGUCCGCUCCUCUAACAACAUGAACAUGCUCAACCUGCACUUUUUAAAAAUUUUUUUACAUCUCAUGAGGGUUUCUCAAAUUAUUAAAGGGCUGUUAAUGUGGUAUGAACUCUAUAUUUGUACUAAAGCAACUAUAAAGGUAAAUAAAGACCAGUUUAAUGUGAAUUCUGUUUAUAGCAGGUAUCUCCAUACUGAUUCUUCUGUCAUGUCUUAUUACGAGUGAUCAGUAAGGGCUGAAUUUGUAGCUUCUAAUCCAUUAAAAAACAACUUAUUUUCAAGUUGUGCAUAUCUGUAGCUGCACAGCUGGUUUUGUGGAAGGAAUUAUGCAGAGCAAGAAAACCGAAUACCUUUUCUGUUGGGGGUAGAAACUGCACGCAAGAUGCGAAACUUUACUGGAUGAUCUUAUUGUCAGAACUGGACAUAACUAAACGUCGUGCUUCUGCGAGCGUUUUACAGGUUAACAACAUUCCAGGUCACCGAGUCUACUCGCUUUACUGUAAUUUUAAUGUAUAGUAUUUAACCACUUAAAAGAUUCAUUUAAGCUUAUGUCGUCAUCUAAUGUGUGUUUUAAAACGGGGCAAAACAAAAGUAUACAACAUAAAAAGUUUCCUAAAUGUACAGAUAUUUUGCUACAAACUGUUUUUUUUUACCUAAUUCACAUCACCAGAUGGUUAAUAUUGUACAUAUUGUUUAAACAGAAGUUUUCCCUGCCUUGUGCUAUACAGCUUGAAUGUUAUUUUAACUUAGUUUUUCCCCCCAUUUUUGUAUAUUUAAUUAAGCCAAAUUCAGCCAGAAAUCUACAGUAGUGUGUUUGAUCAUCUUUUACUGUUAUGCAGACGGCAGUGGGGUCACGCACUUUACCUGUUAGGGUGUCAGAGGUGCAUAAAAACAAAGAAAGUCUGGAAAAGGUUCUGAUGUGCAGAUGUUUAUACACGCCAACUUAAUGGCUACACUAACAAUCAAAAGUAGUUCUGUUCAUUGUCUCCACUGAAGCAUGUGACGCCAUCGGCUCCUUUUCUUUGCACUUCACUGUCUGUGGCAGCGUAACUUCUCGAACUGGAUAUUACCAGCAUGCUUUUCUCUUGGACGUUCACCAGAAAUGUAUUUUAGGCAGUUUGUGCUUAUAACAAAGUAACAAUUUUUAAAUUAGGUGAUGAGAUUUUCAAUAUGUUCAAAUAAACUAUUUACAUUAAAUAUAAAGUUCUUUACUCUC